CAUCCUGAUCCCAUCACGGAGACUUCAACAUUGAGUUCAAUCAUUCCUCCCAAAUGGAGCAUCAAGCUCAGAUUGCCGGAGGCUACCAUCAAGGAAGGGCGCCUGACAAAUUUGCAGCUGGAAUCUGUGAUCUAUGCAUGUGAGCAACACGAGCGGAUGAUCCCUGGAACCCAGUAUCGCUCUGGCUUCUUCAUGGGCGACGGGCCGGGUGUGGGUAAAGGGCGUCAAAUCGCAGGAAUCAUACUGGAAAACUUCAUUCGAGGUCGAAAGAGGGCAAUAUGGAUUUCAAUCAGCUCAGAUCUCAUUGAUGAUGCAAAGAGAGACAUCUGCGACAUCGGUGGAGGAGCAAUUCCCAUUCAUGACCUGAGAGACUACGGCAACAAUAAGGACCUGAAUAGCUUCGAGGAGCUCAAUCAGGGCGUCAUCUUCUGCACCUACUCAUUGUUGGUCAGAAACGGAGCAGGAGGGGGGAAGGAUCAGAGCCGGCUGACACAGAUUGUCAAGUGGGCUGGGGAGGACUUCGAUGGAGUUCUUGCCUUUGAUGAGGCACAUAAGGCCAAAAACAUCAGGAUUCCGAAAAAGGGACGACACAAACUGAGCCAAGCAUUGAGGACUAAUGGAACCAAGUCAGCUACUGCAGUCAUUGAGAUUCAGCAGCAGCUACCGUUGGCAAGAGUUGUGUAUGUCUCCGCUACCGGUGCGAGUGAACCAGAGCAUUUGCUCUAUGCCUCAAGACUAGGUUUGUGGGGCCCUGGAACCUCGUUUGAUACCCCAGACACCUUUGUGAGAGAGAUUCGUUCUGGAGGGACGGGAGCGAUGGAACUGCUUGCGAUGGAGUUGAAACAGUUAGGACAAUACCUAGCAAGAUCCCUGUCUUUCAAAGGUGCUGAGUUUGAGGUUGUGGAAGAAGAAAUUGAUCAAGAAUUCAUGCUGAAGUACGACAAAGCGGUGGAGCUAUGGUCAGAUAUCAUAUCACAUUUCUCCGGAUUCUGUAAGAAAGGCAUAGAGAAUCUCACUAGAAAGGAAAUCAACCAAUUGCGGUCCCAACUUUGGGGUGCUAACCAAAGAUUUUGGGGCCAAAUCUGUAUGGCUGCUAAGGUGAAAGGUGUUGUCAGAAUAGCAAACGAAGCAAUCCAACAAGGAAAGUGCGUCGUGAUUGGUUUGCAGAAUACAGGCGAGUCAGUAGCAACUGAGGAAGAAUCCGGAUGUUCAGCAGCAUGCAACCUCCUUAAAAAUUUCAUAGAAAAGUUCGGAGUGAAAGUGAUGACGACAGAGGAGAAAGAACAGAUUCUUGAAAGAAUUGAUGCUUUGCAGCUGCCGAUAAAUCCAUUGGAUGAAAUCAUUGACUUGCUCGGGGGCCCCAAACGUGUUGCAGAGAUGACUGGUCGAUCCGUGAGACAAGUCUGCGUCCGAGGCGAAUGGACGCUUGUGAAACGCAUCAAAUCAGACUCUUCGGGCGAUGCGAUCAACAUUCGCGAAAGGAAGAAGUUCAUGUCGGGGAAAAAACUGGUCGCGAUCAUCUCAGAGGCUGCAUCGACUGGCAUCAGCCUGCAUGCCGAUAGGCGUGUCAAGAACACACGGAGACGCGUUCACAUCACUCUCCAGCUACCUUGGAGUGCAGACAGAGCUGUGCAGCAAAUGGGCCGUUCCCAUAGAUCCAACCAGUCCAGCGCCCCAGAGUUCAAGUUAAUCAUGACUCCCAUCGGUGGUGAAUGGAGGUUCGCAAGUGCGGUAGCUGAGAGACUUCAGCAACUGGGUGCGAUGACUCAAGGGGACAGAAGAGCGACAGGAGGAAGCGGUCUGACCAACUUCGCCAUCGAUCCACGGUAUGGUCCGGAGGCUCUUGAGAAAGUCUUCAACUGCCUAUCAGACGGGUCGCUCCCUCCCUUUGCUGAAGACGCGGUUAAUGAAUUGGAGUUUCUGGAGACUGAAUAUGAGAACGAUUUCGAAAAAUUUGCAACAGUUGCGAUGACAGCGCUGCAAAAAGCCGGAAUGUUUGGGCACGGGGAUUCAGAAACAUUUCCCACCGUCAAUGUAUUCCUGAACAGAUUGUUUGGAGUGAAAUUGUGCCUGCAAGGGCAAAUUUUCUCUUUCUGGCAUGUGCUUAUGGAGAUCCUCAUUCGUGAUGCCAAAAUGCGUGGGGAAUAUCAGGAUGGAAUAACAGACAUUGCCUCCGAGCUGAAGCUGAAAGAUGAAGAAAUCCUUCACCAGAAUCCAGCAACCAAUGCUCACACAAGCCUGCUGACCCUUUGGGGAGACAGGGGAGUGUCAUGGGAAGAAGCUAAAGAGUUUCUAGACAGCCAGAAUGAUGAGGUGGCUGGUUUUUACAAGAAGAAGGACCCUCAAAAUGAUGCUUUCUACAAUAUCAUUCUUGCACUUGCAAAGAAGCAGGAGGUGCAUGGUAAGAGACGGAGGAUCUAUCAUACCACUCUACCGCACGCAGGUCAUAGGCCAGAGGAAGUUUCAAAUUUCAAGCUUCGGAAUGAUUACGACAAGCUGGACCUAGAAGAAGCAGAAAAAAUUUGGAAGGAGAUUUAUGAGUACUCAAAGGAUCAUUGCGGGCACAGUGCAAGAUCAUCAAGCUGUAAAGGCAAAGAUGUUUGUGUUUACAAGAAAAGAAUGUAUGUGUAUAACAUUCUUACUGGAUCAGUAUUUCCUUUUUGGGAGGAAAUCAAAAAAUCUGUUGCGAUCAAGAAUCCUCGCGACGAUGAAUUUAGUGUGAAGGUCAGUGACUCGGAACUUUCUAACGCCGUUCUGAAAAUCAUGAUCAGGUUGUGCGAGUAG